ACCAGCAGCAGCACAGUCAUCUGGACAACAACAACAACAACCACCACCAGCAGCAGCAGCAGCAGUGGACCGCGGAACCUUCGCUCGCACAACCACCGCGGCCAUCGGCAGCGUUUACAAAUGCUGCUGCUGCUGCAACAACAACAAUGACGACCGUCGACGUUGCUGCUGCUGCAACAACAACAACAGCAACAACGACGACCGUCGCUGCCGCCGCUGCUUCGGCCUCCGCUUCGGCCGCUGCUCCUGCUUCGACCGACCCGGCUCCUCGUCCGCCUGCUGCGGCCGCCGGCGCCUGCUGCGCCACAGCGCCGUCGCCACGUCCCACCACCGACGCCGUCUCGUCCGCCGCCACCGCCGUGGAAGCGUGCGGCGGCGGCGGCGGCGGCGGCGACGGGCGCAGAAGUUCCGUCGGUUGCGUGCAACUCGCGCCGGCGACAACACCGGCGGCACGGGGAGACGUCCGGCCGCGCGCGGAUCGCCGCGACGGUUGCUGGCAACCGGCCGCCGCCGCGCCGGCGGUCGCCAUGGCUACGGUCGCCAGGGCGACGGUCGCCACGGCGAUGGCGCAGAACCCGUCGCGGUUCCGUGUGGUUAUCAUCCCGUACCGGCGGGGACGCUGGACCUGCUCGGACUUUUAUGAAAGGGAUCCGUCCGUGUACCACCACUAUCAGCACCAGCACCACCACCACCUCCUGCACCAUCAGAAUCACCAGCAGCAGCAGCAGCAUCAUCACGGCGCCGUGGCCAAUCACAUCAGCGUCAUCGACUGCGACGUCGCUGCCUUCCGCCGCCUGUCUCUGCCCACCGAGACAGAGACAUCGCUGGCGCAGCAGGAGCAGCAGCUGGCGCAGCAGCAGCAGCAGCAGGAGCAGCAGCAGCAGCAGCAGGAGCAGCAGCAGCAGGAGCAGCAGCAGCAGCAGGAGCAGCUGCAGCAGCAGGAGCAGCAGCAGCAGCAGAGUGACGGACAGGUGUACGGGUUGAGUCAGAGUCUGUCUUUGGACGGGGAAGAUGAGAGUGCCUCUGGUGUCAGCGUGGUGGCCAUCGACAAAAAGAUUGAGCAGGCGAUGGACCUGGUGAAGUUCCACGUGCUGUGUGUGGUGCGCGAGGAGGUGAGGCGGCUGCGGGAGCAAGUCUGCCAGCUGCUGGCGAAGAACGAGCAGCUGCAUCAGCAGAACCAGCUGCUGCUGCGCCGCCUACUCCUACUCCCCACCCCACCAGCCGCUGCAGAACCUGGGGCCGGCUCAAGAAGUUUCAGUCUGGCGGACCAAAAAUGUCGCCGUUGAUGGGUUUGGUUAUUUUAUUAAAACCGACGGACACUU